AAUAGUGAAUUUUCCGGAGGAGGCAGCUGUCACUCCAGAGAUAUGGUGCGAUCUCGCCAGAGGCAGCUAACGCCGAAGAUCUGGAGUGGUCUUGCCGGAGGCGUUUGUCACGCCGGAGAUUUGGAGCGGUCUCGCUCUAGGCGGCACCAGAGGAAGAAUCAUUGGAGGAACCACAUCGGGAUGAAGUCACACCACAUAAGAUCGGUGGUGGUGGCGAGAGCAGCAGCGCUGGAGGGCACGAUGUUGGUGGAAAUUGCGGCGGCAUUGCAGGAGAUGACGACAGUUGAAGAGUCACCGAGGGACAUUGGAGCGGCUUUGUACUGCCACUAUCCUUCGGGCUAGUGUGACGUCAAUUAAGAGUAACGGCCCCAUCACCGACACGUCAUCCGGUGAGAUUCCACCUAUGUAUGAUGUGGCAAUUUAAGGGGUCUAAUAAGUUCUUGAACCG